CACCCACUCCCGCUCCAGCGCCCGACUCCGCCGCGGGCUGCGAGCGCGCCGGCUCGGAGACUUUGGUCCUUAGACCGGUUUGGGGCUCGCUGCGCCCCGUGCAGGAGGCCCAGUGCCCAGCUCCCUGAGUAUACGGCGCACCGAGCGGCGAUGACCGCCGAGGAGAUGAAGGCGGCCGAGAGCGGGGCGCAGUCUGCGCCGCUGCCCCUCGAGGGAGUGGAUAUCAGCCCCAAGCAAGAUGAGGGCGUGCUGAAGGUUAUCAAGCGAGAGGGUACAGGCACAGAGACACCCAUGAUUGGGGACCGAGUCUUUGUCCACUACACUGGGUGGCUGUUAGAUGGCACCAAGUUUGACUCCAGUCUGGACCGCAAGGACAAAUUCUCCUUUGACCUGGGAAAAGGGGAGGUCAUCAAAGCUUGGGACAUUGCCGUAGCAACCAUGAAGGUGGGAGAAGUGUGUCACAUCACCUGCAAACCAGAAUAUGCCUACGGCUCUGCAGGCAGCCCUCCAAAGAUCCCCCCCAAUGCCACACUUUUGUUCGAGGUGGAGCUGUUCGAUUUCAGCGGGGAGGACCUGACGGGAGAAGAAGAUGGCGGGAUCAUCCGGAGAAUACGGACUCGGGGUGAGGGCUACGCCAGGCCCAACGAGGGUGCUGUCGUGGAGGUUGCACUGGAAGGUUACUACAAGGAUCAGAUAUUUGACCGGCGGGAGCUCCGCUUUGAGAUCGGGGAAGGGGAGAAUUUAGAUCUGCCUUGUGGGCUGGAGAAAGCCAUUCAGCGCAUGGAGAAAGGAGAACAUUCCGUCGUGUACCUGAAGCCCAGCUAUGCAUUUGGUAGUGCUGGGAAAGAAAAGUUUCAAAUCCCACCGAAUGCUGAGGUGAAGUACGAAGUAAGCCUGAAGAGCUUUGAGAAGGCCAAGGAGUCUUGGGAGAUGAAUUCAGAGGAGAAGCUGGAACAGAGCACCAUCGUGAAAGAGCGGGGCACCAUGUACUUCAAGGAAGGCAAGUAUAAGCAAGCUUUACUGCAGUACAAGAAGAUUGUGUCCUGGCUGGAAUACGAGUCAAGUUUCUCUAAUGAGGAUGUGCAGAAGGCACAGGCCCUUCGACUGGCCUCCCACCUCAACCUGGCCAUGUGUCACCUGAAGCUGCAGGCCUUCUCAGCUGCUAUUGAAAGCUGUAACAAGGCCCUGGAACUGGACAGCAACAAUGAGAAGGGCCUUUUCCGCCGGGGAGAGGCCUACCUGGCGGUGAAUGACUUUGACUUGGCACGGGCAGACUUCCAGAAAGUUCUGCAGCUCUACCCCAGCAACAAAGCCGCCAAGGCCCAGCUGGUUAUCUGCCAGCAGCGGAUCCGCAAGCAGCUCGCACGGGAAAAGAGGCUCUAUGCCAACAUGUUUGAGAGGCUGGCUGAGGAGGAGAGUAAGGCCAAGGCAGCAGCAGCUUCAGGAGACCACGCUGACACAGAAAUGAAGGAUGAGCAGAAGAGUGAUGUGGCGGGGAGCCAGCCUCAGGUGGAGACAGAAGCGUAGCCUGUCCCAGUCCUGCUGCAGCCACUGGCCUCCCCUGCUUCCUACCCUGCUCCGCCCUGUUAGUUUUGUAAAAACUGAAGAAUUUUGAGUGAAUUAGACCUUUAUUUUUCUAUCUGGUUGGAUGGUGGCUUUGGGGGAAGGGGAAGGAAUAGGCUGGGGAUCGUGUUAGGUGGUGUCACCCCUCCCCUCCUCCUUCCAUUACACAGGAAUGAAUGUCCACCCACACGCACACUUGUCAGAACGUUAAUUUAUUUUGCUUCCUCUGUUUACUCUGUCCAUUUUUCAAAUGGUAGAAGGGGGUGAGUGGUAGGGAUGUGGAGUCUGAUGUGAAACCAGAGUGGAAAGGGAGACUUGUGGGCAGCCGUUUUCCUUGUCCUGUUCUCCUCGUCCAUUUCCAAACACGUGGCCUUGUGAGGGUGCUGGCUGUGAGGAAGACCACUGCUGUGCCUGUUACUUCCGUUCCCUCCUCACCCCAGGUGGUGUGGCUGAUGUCUUCUGGUGUCCCGGUGACCGUCCCCUGUCAGCCCCUUCUGGUGUUUUCCCCUAAUCUGUUUCCCUUCCCAGCCAGGUGGAGUCCCCCCACCCCCCAGCCUCCUCUCUGCACGUAGCUGAAGGUCCAAGCCCACUUCAAGUUCUGUGCUCAAGCAAUAAAGUGGAAAUGAUAAAA